UUCUCCGCGUAACCAACUUACGCAAUAUGUGAGAUGCGUCAAAUUCCCGUCCCGUGUGAUUUAAAGAUUUAGUUGAGUCAGAAGAUUUGUUAGAUAUAUAAAAAGUUAAUCAGAUACCAUUAAGACCAGAUUUAAACAAGGAACUGAAGUGAAUUUAUUUCUGACAAAGCCAACAAUUUAGAUAAAAAAGAUUCUGAUGACGUCCCCUGUAGCUAUGUACUGAUGUGAAGUACCCCAUAUGGGUCCCCGGUACCCCGGGUACCAAUAUGUCCAGGGUUAAGGUUUUCUACCUUCUCAUAGGCCUUGCAGCUCUCUUCUACAGGGAAUGCUCCGGAGCAGGACUGAUUGUUACUCCUGAACCUCGUCAGCUUACCGUUAGACUAGGAGAAGAAGUUAAUCUACUCUGCAACUCAAACAAAAGACCCAGUAUAUGUUUGUGGCGGACACCAUACAAAUCUAUUUACACUGUUGGCGGAGGGCGGAGCUGGGAAAAUGGGCGGAUCAGCUCCAACCCAGAUGCAGGGGAUCAAUGUGGGUUGUCCAUUAAGGUGGUUCAGGCACAGGACGUGGGGGCGUGGCAAUGUGAGGUUGGGGCAGUGGAAGGCGGGGAGUUUAGUACAACUACUGCAGAAACAUCUCUUAAUAUUAUCCUAGAUUCAGAGAAUAGUAAAGAGAGUACAGAGACAGGAAUAGAAGGAGAAGAUAUAGUUUUAAGAUGCGGAGUAGGACCUGGAGACUGUAGUUGGAGAACUCCCUAUGAUAGAACCUAUACACUUCUGCUAGGGGAGUAUGCGGAGAGAGGACGGAUCCAGUCCUUGGCAGAUUGUGAUAUCAGGGUUGCAAACCUCCAGACUAGGGACCAGGGGCUUUGGUCCUGUAUGAAGGGGGGAAACCAGGUUCAAGUUACAAAAACACAAUUGAAAAUUGAAAUCCCCCUGAAGCUGUCUGCUCCGACAAGUAUACUUCAGCAGGCCGACGAGAAGGCAACUCUUGUGUGUCAUGCUAACAAGGAGUUCGACAACUGUGAGUGGGAAACCCCUUACGAGUCUAUUAUUAGUUUUACCACAGCACGUGAGCAGGAGAAUGGUCGUCUUCGAUACUUUGGUUUCUCCAACCUAGACUGCGGAAUAGUUAUUCAGGGAGUAAAUCCCCGGGAUAGCGGGGGUUGGACCUGUAGGAUUACAGCAACUGUUGCUGGGAAAACUCAAGUUUCAGCUGAUAUUGUCAGAUUAUUCGUAGAACCGACAACCUACGCUGAAGAGCCGAGAAGGUUAGAAGUGAGCGGUGAACAAUAUAAUAUUGAUUACGAAAUCAAUAUUUAUGAUACGCCUGACGCAAAGCUGGCAGACUAUGACGCAUUUGAUUAUGUCAACGGAGAUUUUGACAAGGUUGAUCCUUCAGACGACAGUGAGCAGAGAAAAAUGAGUUCUGAGAAUAAGACGCGACCCCAGGAGAAUCCAAGGACACUCUUUUCAGGGGGUUCAGGGGUGUCUAAUAGUAAUGGGGAAUCUAGUCAGGGGCGUUCAAGUUCAACCAGUCCCCCUCCGGUUCUACAGAGUACAGAAAGUACACAAAGUACAACUCCAAUCAUACACAGAACUGUCGAGGAGAAGGAUGGUUUCAUCACAGAUAUUCAGAGGAUAGGACGCUUUGGGACUGUUAGGAUUGACAGGGUUCCGGAUACAGGUGUUAGCUCAGCACCAGCUCUACCAAUCAUUUCAUCAACUUCUUUAUCGACCCAACCAACUACACAAGCUCCAACAUCAACUACACAAGCUCCGACAUCAACAACUAAAGCUACAAUUGUCUCCUCGACAUUAGCCCAGGAACAAAAUGAUCAAGAUGAGCAUUCUGUUGAUCUUAAUCCGUUUGAGUUGGACUUCCUGGCCAGAAUCAGUGGAUCUAGGGUUGAUAAUCGUCCCUUUAGAUUGGAAAAUGAAACUGAGUUCGGGACUAGACAAUCUAGCUCCGGUAGCAGGUUUCAGUUUGGGGACGUACAUCUAACUCUGGAGGGAGACAAUGCAUUAGUUCUGAACAAAACCACAAGUUCUAAGAAUCAAACGUCAACUGCUACCACAAACACAUUAAAUAAUGUGGUCAAUACCUCAACAUUUAAAGCUGUUCCAUCUGAAUCAACGGAGAGUUCAGUAUCCUCGUCUCCGCCAGUUAGUUCCUCUUCCGGUCUAGUGGAUCGGAGAACUAUGCAGAUGAGGGUUGAGCAGGAGAUGUUGGCUCGGCGAAGGGAGGAGUCCAGGAAGAACGAGGGAGGGAAGUCUGAACCCCCGCUAUCCUCAAGUACAGAAGGAACCUCCAGGGAUCAAGGACGGAAGCUAGAAACAAGACCUGGCGGAGAAAAUAAUGUUCAGGAUUCCUCCGAUGAGUCUGGAGGCAGAAAUAUUGUCAGACAAAGGGUUCGAGGAAAGGGUAGAGUUGAGCCAGAAUCUUCAAACGCAGGUGAAUCUAAAACAAGAGAAGAGCUUGAGAAAGAAGAAAAGGAAAGGAAAGAAAAAGAAGAAGAAGAAGUACGACGAAAGAAGAUUGAACAAUUAAGGGAGAAACAAGAAGAAGAAACAAAGAAGCUCCAAGAAGAACGAGAAAGACGAAGACUGCUGGCGGAGCAACAAAGAAAGAAUGAAGAAGAAAAGUUAAAGAAAGAAAAACAACUUAAAGAAGAGGAAGAGAAAAAAGAGCUGGAGCUAAAGAGGGUAGAAGAAGAACGUAUAAAGAAAGAAAAAGAAAAGGAGGAAGAACUGGCAAUUCAGAAACUAUUGGAACAAAAAGCUAUUGAAGAAGAAAAUAAGUUAAAAAAGUUGGAGGAAGAAAAUGAAAAGAGACUGGAAGCUGAAAGAGAGAAGAUAAGAAAGGAAUAUGAGGAAAAGAGAAGAAAACAGUUGGAAGAAGAGAGAGAGCAAAGAUUGAAGGAAGAACAGGAGCAGAAGAUAAGAAAGGAAGAAGAGGCACAAAGACAAAAGGAAAACGAAGAGAAAAGACUAAAAGCAGCUGAAGAAGAACGAAAUAGAAAACUUAAAGAAGAACAAGAAAAAAGAAGACAAGAAGAAAGAGAACGGAUACGACUAGGAUUAGAAGAGCAGCGAAGAAAAAAAGAAGAAGAAGACAGAAAAAGAAUAGUUGAAGAAGAAAGACUGAAGAAAGAACAGGAAGAAAUACAACAAAAGAGAAUUGAAGAAAGGAACAAAAUCCGCAAAGAAUUUGAAGAAUCCCAAAAAAAGAAACAGGAGGAAGAAGAAAGAAAGUUGGAAGAAGCAAACCUUGCAGAAAAGGAAAAAGAGCUCUUAGACGAAGCAAAAGCUAAAGAGGAUAAAGAAGAGUUAGAACGAUCAAAAGAAAGAGAAAAUGAGAGAAAAGAGGAAUUACUACGCCUGAAAGAGAUACAGGCGGAGCGGGAUAGAAGGUUAGGAGAAGAACGGGAUAAACUAAGAAAGGAGAUAGAAGCCAAGAAGAAGCAGGAAGAGGAAGAACUAGAGAAUAUCCGGAUACGAGAGGAGACUAGGAGACAGAGUUUAGAAGAGCUGAGAAUCCUGCAGGAGGAGCGAGAUAGGUUGAUCAAGGAUGAGAGGGAACGCCUUCUCAAACAGAAGGAUAUUCAUAGGCAGAGGGAAGAGGAGGAGGAGAAGAGAAGAUUAAUUACAGAGGAGAGGGAGAGAGAAAUUCAAGGAUUAAAGGAACAACAGCUUCUUAGAGAAAUUCAUCUUAAGGAGGAGAGGGAGAAGAUAGAAGCUGAGAAGGAGAAGUUGGCUCGCCAGCAGGAGGAGUUGAAGAGACAGAAGGAGCUCCUUGACAAGAUUAGGCAGGAGCACCAGGAUACUCCUCCUCCUCCGGCACUCCGGCAACCAAACCAAAAAGAGCUUAAAAGAUGUAUUGUAACUCCGUGGCCAGCUGACGGCAACGUAACGUGUCCUGACAGCCCUGUUAACAGGGGUAAAUUCUUUGUCAACUCAGGAAACCGCUGUCAACUAGAUUGUCACCGAGGUUUUGUAUCAUUAGACGCUAGAGAAGCACUUUGCAAUGACGGAGUGCUAAGCAAGGAACUAGUGUGUGUGAAACCUGGAAGUAUGCUUGUAGUCGGAGGAAGAUCUGAUACUUACGGAGUUCUUAGUUCAGUUGAACUAAUCACUUCAGGUGGAAACUGCCGAAAUGCCGUUCCAUCCCUGCCGGCGAUGCGCUGGAAAAACGUUGCGGCAUCCUUGGACAACGAAACUGUUGUGGUCUGUGGAGGGAUUAAUAUAUUAGGUGAUCCUAAAACUGAUUGUUGGAAGCUCGAGUUCCCUCCUCCUGAUGCUAACCCAGAGUGGGGCCGGAUCAGCUCCUUGUCUGUACCUAGAGAUGCUGCUGCUUGGGCAGCUGAAGGAGGAAAGCUGUUUGUAACAGGAGGGUCACUUGGACCCCUUUCAGGGUAUACAGCUAGUGUUGAGCUGUAUCAACCACAAACUGACAGUUGGAUUGCUGGUCCCCCUCUACCCUCUGCAAGAGCAUCUCACUGUGCUGUAGGAUUAGGGAAUGGAUCUAUCAUAGUUACAGGAGGAUACGGAGCUCUGGGUUCAGUCCAGAGAUUGGAUAUAGAUACAGGUGUAUGGGUUGACCUUCCUGAGCUGAAUCCAUUACGAGCUCAGCAUGGUUGUGCUCUGGUAGAACUGAACGGUAGACAGGGGGUUCUAGUGGUAGGAGGAGAUUCAGGUGGGACAAGGUUGAGCGAUGUCAGAUUUCUAGGGUUUGGAUCCAGGGCGGAGUGGGAGAAAAUACCGGAUAUAAAUACUGCUAGAUGGGGUAGACCUAGUGUAGGAACUAUUGGAGGCAGGAUUACAGUUAUCGGAGGUUGGGACGGAAUAAAAGCUCUGAGUACUAUUGAGUUCUAUGAUGAGAAGACUGGAACCUGGAGUACAUCUAGAAGUACAAGGCUGAGUACGGAGAGAAGAUGGUCGGCUGGAACUCAGAUAUCAAACAAACUCUUCCCACGCUGUGCUUUCAAAAGACAAUAAGGAUAUACACAGAACCUGGAACGAGGACUGAUAUUUACAGAACCUGGACCGAGGUCUGAUAUUUACAGAAUCUGGUCCGAGGACUGAUAUUUACAGAACCUGGACCGAGGACUGAUUUCUUAAGAAAAAUUCUCCUAAAAAACGGUUUCAAGAAAACGAAUUCUGUUAAGAAAAGAAUUUAAUGUGAAUUGUGAAAAAGUGAUGAUAUAAAGUGAAUUCCAUAAAUAAGUUACAACAAAUUAAUCAAACAAUUUUGAAAAAAUAACGGUUUAAUUAUCGAAAUAUCCACCACUUAGAAUUAAAGUUUGUUUUUUUCUUUCAAGCAUAUAAAACUUUUAAUCGACAACAGAGUCAAAUUCAAAUUUUUAUCAAACCAAAUUUUGUAGAUUACCCUUCAUUGUGUUAAUUUUAAAGAAAUGUUUUACAAUUUACAAAAUAAUACAUAUCUACAUCCUGUAACACAACUUUUAGCCUUGAUAAACUUUUGAUCUAAAUCUAACACAAACUUGCUUUAACAUCGUUCAAUAAACUGUAUUUUUUCUUUUAUAAAAUAAUAAUGAUAACCCCCAUCUACUUUUUGAAUGACCAGUAUUCCUUUCUUUUUGGCGCUACGACAAUUUUUCUAUUUCGCUAUACCGUCAUUUCUGCUAUAUGCCAUUUUUGAUGCAAAGCUUUUUUCUAUGCGAAAAUGUUUCCUAAUCUGACCUAGCCGCAGUGCUCAGCCCCUCUUAUAUCAAAAGGCCUAACCUCGCCCCACAUAAUGUAAUGGGGGAUGUUUUUAAUAAAGAUAGAUUGCCUUUCAGUAAAAAUGAGGUUUUCUAGGUAUAUUGGAUACAGCAAAAAUGACGCUAAAAAUGACACCAUGUAAUAAACUCUAAUAAAAAUGUUGUAACUUCUUUUUUCCCUAGUUUUCAAUGAACCUGAUUUCAACUUUGUUUGUCCAGUAAUAUAUUGGCAGGUUUCAUGGAAUAUAUGAAAAAUAAUUGAUUGAAACAUUUUUAGUUUUAUAUUUUUUCAACUUCAGCUGCACAAUAUUGAUAGAUUAUGUAUUUUUCAAUAUUUACAUAGUUUACAAUCGCACUAUACUGCACUUCCAGAUAAAUGAGGAUUCAAUUUGUACUUGUCGGACAAUUUUUUUUAAAAAAUAAUUUGAAACGUUUAUUUCCAGUUUGUUUACUGUACAAUGUACAUUCUGUGAGCUGUUUAAUUAUUCUCGGGAUCUGAAAUUAUCCCGGGACAGACUGAGAUCAUGGGCAUUUAAACCCCUUAUUUAUUACAUAUUGUAUCUUGUAAAUAAAUCUCAAGUAUUAUUU